UUGUUUCGUGAAAAAAAAUGGAAUCAUUUAAUCAUUAUCAUCAAUAUGACCAUCAUCGUCGUCAAUCAAAUAAAUUUAUUUUUCAUUUAAUCAUAACGAUUAUCGUGACAAUUAUUAUUGCAACAUUUGAAUUAUCAGUUGAUGCAGCAACAUUGCAAACAAAUAACAAUAACAAUAAUAAUGAUGUUCGUUAUGAUAAACGACAGCCAAUACCUAUGCCAAGAAUUGGACGAUCAUCAAACGAUUUGAAACGACAAAGUUUAAUACCGGCACCAAGAAUUGGUAGACGUGAUGAUAAAUCAUCAUCAUCAACAAGAUCAUCAACAAUCGAUUGUUCAAUGAAUCCAGAAUUAUGUGAAAAUUAUGAAACAAUUGGAUCAAUGAUGGGUAAUAAUAAUAAUGGUGGUGGUGGUGGUGGCGGUGGUGGUAAUCUAAAUGAUCAAGAAAAUUUAAUCGAACCAUUGGAUAUACAAUUACGAGCAGCAUUCAUACCACGUCUUGGAAAACGUUCAUCACAUUCAUCAAUGUUAAAAUUACCACAAUCAAGAAUAAUUAAUGAUAAUAAUAAUAAUAAUGAAUUGAUUGAUUAUGUAAAAAUGUAUGGUAAUUAUUUACCACGACAACAACAACAACAACAACAACAUAAUCAACAACAACAACAAUCAAAUAUCGAUAUUAAUUAUGAUAAUAAUGAUGAUCAAAUGAUGAUGGCUAAUAAUAAUGAUUAUUUGGAUGAUUUGAAUGAUCAACAACAACAACAACAACAACAACAACAACAAUUAUUAUUAUCAACAUUAUUGAAUCGAAAUAAUUAUCUGUGGAAUAAACGUACAUCAAUGGUAAUACCAUAUACACCACGUAUUGGUCGUGCUGUAUUUGCACCAAGAAUUGGUAAAAAAGCUGCUUUUGUACCAAGAAUUGGAUAAUUUUUUCAA